ACAGAAACAGAAACUUUACAGCUUAUUGUUGGUAGAUCAACUGUUCAAAUUUGGCAUCAAGUAAAUGAUAGUAAAAACAAAGAUGUACUUCCUAACAAAGGAGAAGCCUUUCUUGAAUAUAUAUGGUCAAAUCGUAUUCCAGUAAAACAAGAAAGAGAAAUAACGAGUUUAAGAAUUGAAAAGUUUGAAUAUGGACCAAAUUAUGGAUCAAAAAGUAAAGAAUAUGAUUUUUAUUUAAAAGUUUAUUGGUUUGAAAGAAAUGAUAGUUCAAAACAGGAAGAGCGUAAAAAAAUGACAGAGCAAGAAAUAAUAAAGGAAGAAGACGAUGAAAUAAAUCGUAUAGAAAAAGAAUUAAAACAGAUUAAUAGUAAAGAUAAUGACCUAAACGAAGCGGAAAAAGAGAAAAAAAGACAAGAAAUAAUAAAUAAUUGUGUAAAGGUAAAAAUACGAGAAAAAGUGAUUCGAGGAAAAGAUGCUAUUAAAAAAUCUCAUGUAGCAAGACACGCUUGCAAAGCAUUAGAACAUACAAGAAAGCGUUAUAAAAGUAAAAGCGAUGCGGAUAAUUAUAAAGUAAGUUAA